UAUCGCCCCAAACCGCUGCCCGCGUCAUUGUUUUCCAACUCUUUUCACCAACUUACUAGAAUACCAUUUAUUUUUUUUUUUUUGUGAACAAUUUUUUGGGCAAAUUUUUGGAAUCGUAAAAUGUCGUUCAUUGGCAACACAUCGGAUCUGGAGUGCGAAAAGAAUGAGUUCCCGAGGCCGCGCUCCACGGGCAUUGUCACCAAAGUGGCGGCCCACAAGCUGUCCGCGGAACCGAAAUGGGUUGACAAGCGGGAGGAGGACUCGGAUUCGGAGGUUUCAUCGCCGGAUAACUUUUUAACCAAAGGCGCCUUCCUACUGACACCCUCCUAUGAACUGUCCAUGGAAAGGGCGGCCCUCAUCUGCGAGAAGAUGAGCUUCAAGGGAUGCUUCAGUUUGACCAAAACCGCUACAGGAAUUCUCUUUAAAUUCUCACAUCCAGAUGACUAUCAGGCGGUGUUCAAGAAGGGCUUCCACAAGGUCACCGGAGCGCGGUUCUAUCGCAAGCAAACAUUUUCGCGCAGUAUUGCCAUUCCGUGCCGGCCCCGGAAAACGUUCACCCUGUAUGUGCUGGACGUGCCCGAGGAUCUGCCCGUCGAGGAUAUCCGACAUGCCAUGUACAAGUUCGACUCGGUGGUGGAGGUGGUCAGGCUGCAUAUCUAUUCGAGUUUGGGCACCGGCGGCUCCAGUGCCACGGUGGCCACCAGCUCCUCCGCCGGCGUCGACAAGGGCGUCGAAGGUGAGCAGUUGCAGCUGCUGCAGACACCGACCCAGACCCUGCGCAGAGCUGCCCUCCGAAGCACCUCGAAGAGCGUGGGCUCUGUGGUUGGAGAUGCCAUCGAGAAGGCGGAGCGUCCGGAACGCCGGGAACUGCCCCCAGCCGUCAUCCGGAUCACUCUGGCCUCCAUGGAUGAGUACAACAUCUUGUUGCAGAAUGGACUCAACUUCUAUGAUGCCACCUUCUUUCCCACUGAGGCCAAUAUCUCGCUGAAGGGCGCCAAGAUUGAUUACAAGCGCCGAAUGCUUGAUGGAUCGAUUCCCGGACGGGUGAGGGAACUGCUGCCCGUUUUCGAUGCGGCUGGCUUCUGCAAGCUGCCACCGCCCACCAGCAAGCUAAUUAAGCCACCGAGGUCAUAGAUCCAUCA